AUGGGCUACACUAAGACGAUAGUUUUAUUAUGUCUUUACGGCCUUUUGAAAGAAUUCCGGCCGACAGAGCCGUAUUUAUACGCUUACGAACACGUUACCUUGAACAUUUCCGAACAAGUUUUGAACCAGGAUGUGAGUUUAUUUUCUUUUAUUCUUUCAAAAUUUUAAACUUCUAGGUCUACCCAAUUUGGACGUACAGUUAUAUGGUGACUUUGGUUCCAGCCUUUUUACUGACAGACGUCUUACUUUAUAAACCUGUGAUAGUUUUUGAAGCUGUCGCUUAUACUCUGUGCUGGCUCCUUUUAGUCUUUGGAAGAAGUGUUCUGAAUCAACAGGUGAAAAUCUCUUCGAAAAUAUAAUUGCAGAAAUACUUGAAAAUCACAGCGUGUUAGUUGCUCGUCUAUCUUCUUAAUAUCCGUAUAUUCGUUUAUCUUUCGAGAAAAAAAAAUAUAAAAUAAUGGCUGGUUUUUGGACGAGAUUUUUUCCCUUUAUUUUUGUGAUUUUUUAAACUUUGAAAAAUUCUUUUUAGAAUGUUAAUACAGCAGUUUUCAGCUCCUAGAACUGUUUUACGGCUGGGCCACAGCGACAGAAGUCGCCUACUUUGCCUACAUCUACGUUAAGAUCCCCAAAACUAAAUUUAAGAGGUUCGUGAAUAUAUUAUUCUACACAUGGUUAUAAGAAGAACCUUGUGUGCCCUAUGGUCAUCAAAAAAAAAUCAAAAUUUCUCGGACCUUGGUAACGCAAACCGGACGUUUCUGAGCAUUUCGAGAGAUCCCGAAUACUAAAAUUUGAAUACUAAAAGUUUCAGAAACGUCCCGGGCUUGUCCGGUUUGCGUUACCGAGGAACGGGAGAGCUGGAUAAGAUUAUUCAGUUUUUUCAGUGUUAAAAAAAACUAAUUUUUUUUUCAGUUUACUUGUCUUAAUCUAACUUUAGCCUCUCAACACUUUAAGAAAAAGCUUAGUCACCGCCUCCUUUCCUCUCGCAAUUAUCUCAUCGUUCUUCCUAACUUUCUCUCUUCAACAUCACAAUAAUCUUGAUUUCAGUGCCACCUCCUACUCCCGAGCCGCACUACUCGUGGGCCGAUUUACCGCCUAUGCCACGGCUCAGUUGAUAAUUCUACUGAACUGGGGAUCUUAUAUGACCUUGAACAUAAUUUCUCUGGUCGCCAUGUUCCUAGCCGUCGCCGUGGCGGUCAUUCUUCCCAAUGUAAAGUGGUCUACGGCUUAUGAACGGAAGCUAGAAUCUCAAGGUGAGUUUUAGUUUCACAUGAAAGGCAAAAAUUUUGAAAAAGUCGUUCCUUAACGCUAAUUUUACUCAGCCUUGUGUUUGAAUAAUAUCCAAGUUCAGGCGUUCAAAACAUUUUGGAGAAAAUAGAGACCGCCAAAUACAAAGACUACCUCUCCUUAUACUUCCGAAGCAUUUAUCAAGACCUUAUAACCAUUUAUUCGGACUGGUUCAUCUUAAAGUGGUCCCUUUGGUGGGCACUUGCGAAUUGUGCAUUUUACCAGGUUUUUUUUUCCUUGCAAUUAUUUUUUAUUUCGUUUUUAGGUCACAAAUUACACUCAAACCUUGUGGGGAUCUUUACCUGACGAUGCUGAUAAGUUCAAUGGUAUCACUGAAGCUCUGGUCCCACUUUUUGGUAGGAUCAAUUCCCAAAAACUUCAAAAAUCCUUGAUUUAUUUUAGGUAUUCCUGUGGUGCUACUGACUCAAAAACUCAACUUUGACUGGACUAAAUGGGGAGAAUUUUUCUUAGCCCUUGGAUCUUUAUUCCAAGGCGCUCUCCUACUCUCAAUGUCCCAAUCGAAAACCAUUAUUCUGAUGUACAUUGGUUAUAUCCUCUACAGAGUGAUCUAUCAAGCUUCAAUGACCGUGGCUCAGUGAGUUUUUAGAGAAUUUCGAAGUUGUUCUGAACAGCGUUCGGGAUGGCCCUUUUUCAAAAAAAAAAAUUUAUCAUUUUUUGCAACGCAAGCUUCCAGUUUUUUCCAAAAGUUAAAGAAUAAUAGAAGAAAAAUAUUUUUGCAGGUGCAACUUGGCGUCCAAGCUAAAGUCCGACUCAUUUGGCUUGUUAUUUGGGUUGAACACUUUUCUGGCUCUGGUUCUACAAACAAUUUUAACAACUUUGGUUGUAAGAGUGGCUAAAGUUCCAAUUAGACCUCAGGUGAACUUUCAGCGUGAGCCGUGUAUGAAAAAGCUUUGAUUCUAUUAAAUUUAGCACUUUUUAAAGAUUUGAUUCCAUAGAUGACAUUGUUUACUGUAGCUCAUCGUUCUAUGACCGUUUUUUUAUUAUUUAAAAAAAUGUUUAACUUGAAACUCAUAAAAAAAUUUCUGCGUGAGUGGAUGUAUUCUAGAAAUCUGAGAUGAUUUCAUCAAGUUUUUUUCUCAAAAAAAUUUUUUUCAAAAAUUUAACUGAUUUUUUUCAAGUUUUUUUGGAUAAGUAAUGAUAGGCGUUACGAUGUCCAGUUGGUUUCAAAAAUGAAUACUUUCUACUUUCAGUUCGUCAUCUACUCGUGCUAUCACUUCGCCGUUGCUACCGUCUUUGUCCUGAGUUCUCUAAUUUUGACGAUUCGACGGAUAAAAAUCUUCACGGAGCCUCUGAUUAUAUUUUUUUCUUCUAAAAAAAUAAAUUUUUUUCCAUUCAUUUUAUGCCCAACAAAGAAGGUGCUCUGAUUGCUAGCUUCAAGGUUAGAAUUAGAAAUCGACGACGGUAAAUUGUCACGAAACAGCUGUCUGUACUUUGCCUUGUUUUGCUAUAAAUCCAAUCUGAAGAGAAAAUUUUCCAGAUUAUUUUUUUCAUUUUUUUUACUGAAAAGUUAUGUGUUCAAAAGAAGCGAAUAACAACUAUUCAACUCGAUUUCUCUAAAAAAAAAAGAGUGAGAAUUUUUUUUACUUCUACGGUCCGCUAAAAUUUCCAUUUUUUAGUUCACCUUAACUUAAAUGAAAGAUUCUUUCAGAAAUCGAGUUUUAAUUGCCGUCUAAAGCAGCUGAAAAUUUUAAUGAUUGUUUUCUCCAACUUUUUUUCUCAGAAAAACACUUUUUUUCCAGCUAAAUUUCCAUGAAGUCACCAGUUUAAUUGUAUAUCUUUAUCUUAAUAUCAAAACUACUCUUUGAUGUUUGAAAAAAAAACAGAAACGUUCCGUACUCAGACUCUACUAGGUAGACAAAACAAGUACCCGCCAGAAUUAGAUUAUUCUUUAUUUAUUUAGCUUUCGCAAGAUCUCAUUCAUUUAUUUCUUGAUGUUUGUCAGAAGUUGUAAUUUACUUUUAUUUCAGGGUUUUAUUGGUUGUUUUUUUCAAAGUUAAUUUCCAGUAAUAUUAUCCCUCAAAAAAAAAAAUGGACACGGCUUCGGAUGCUCAGCGAUAUGUUUCUUCAGCUAUUAUGGCAGUAGUAAGUUGCUAGAUUUGGCAAUUUUUUAAACUUAAAAACUAGUUUCGUUAUAACAUCGAAUUAAUUCGAGUAUUAUCGUAAACUGUGAAGGAUCAGUGAUUGUUGGAGACAUGUGCUUCAGAGCGAUUUCUAUGAGUUGCGGCCUACCUUUUUUUUGGCAAGCUAGCCUUGAAUGUAUUUUUUUCCAGAUUUCACCACAGUCGUGUGAAUUAUUCACAUUUUACUAAAAACCGCUUUUCUUUUUGCAAUUAGUUUUUAAUAAUCAAAAAUCGCUCGGAUCGAAAAUGACCCUCAUUUAAUCAAACUUCUUAACAAUCUACUUUGAAACGUACAGAAAACUGUUUACGAUAUCCAAUCUAUUGAGUACUAAUAAAAGCCCAGAACUUGAAUAAAACCUAUAAUUCAGAUAAGUUUCUACGGGAUAAUCGCCAACGCGAUGGUUUUCAUCGGUCUAAUAGCUUCCGAAGCGAAAUUGAGCGGUUUUUUCAAAGUCUGUGCUUCAAAAACUGUCAGCAACACUAUAAUCUGCAUAAGUUUUCUGUUCUGGUCCGUUCCCUGCACUUUGAUGUGAGCAGAAGAACUUUGAAUAUUUGAGAAAAAAAAACUCUAUUUCAGUAACAAAUACUAUCUCACGCACCAAGGCAACAUUCUAAUUGGACAAUUCGGCGGCUGGUGUCCUUAUAUCAUGGGUAAAAAAAUGAAUUUUUUUCUUUUUUUGGCUUAUUUUCGAAAAAAAUUUUGCGAUGAUUUUUAAAGUCAGAAGAUCAAUUCAAAACUCUAUACGGGCUUCAAAAAUCCCCGAUUGUUCGCCUUUGAAACCAUUUUUCAGGCCCUUUCACCCAACUUUGCAUGGCUUUCAACCGAUUUAUCGCUAUUUAUCUUCCAAACCACUACAAUAAAAGUACAAAGUUCAACGUUACAAAUGUGAAUUUUUCGUAGAUAAAUUAAUCUAUCAAACUGAAUUUUCAGCUGGCUUUGGCAUUUUUCUGGUCGCUGGCUAUUGUACUAGCUGCUCUAGGGACACCAGGUACGAAAAACGAACUAUCAAAGGGAAAAACAAAUGACUUCAGUUGGCUGCGGUUUCAUCUACAACGUUAAACGACUGGCCUGGGAGCCCGAGAAUCAGCCUUGCGCUGUGGAUUUCGCGACAUUCUAUUUUUAUCUAGUUGUGGUGAUGGCGGUGGUCACUAACUCAGUUAAUCUAACCAUUAUCGUCAGACUUCUGACUGAUUCGGUGAGUUUAAAAGUAGAUUCAACGAUAAAAUAUUUAAAAAGAACACAGGAGGAAAUUGCUAUUUUUCACUAAAUCUUUUUUCGAAAACAUCACUGAUAUUUCAAUGUGUUUUUAAAAAAUCCAAAGGUUAUCCGAGUUUUUUUUUGUGACGUUUAAGCGACUUAAUGAGUUUCAAAAUAAGUUCUUGAACGUUCAAUGAGCAUUAUUUUUUAUCGAGAGACAGAAAAUAAUUUAUUUUUAAACGAAUCUCAACUUUCAAAAGCCUAAAUCAGGUUUAAAAGACAGCCUAACGUUGUUUUUACUCUCAUAAACAUGAGCUCUAAUCUUAAAUGAAAUCAGACUUCAGCCUUACAAAAAGAUAUCAAGCAUUUACCGAAAAAUAUUUCGAAUAAAUUCUCAAAAAAAUUGAAAAAGAAAAACAUGAGCCCCUUUGAAUUCUUAUUAUUUCGAAAACUUCGUAAGAUAUUGGUGCAUUACAGUGGUACGCUUUGGCACACAAUUAAAAAAAACAUUUCUCUUAGGUAAUAAUUUCCUUAGCUUCACAUUCAAAAUAAAUCUUAAGGUUUUUUCUAAAAAAUGUGUCAAAAACUAGCAAUCAAAUCUAAUUCUCGCCAAUUUCACUAAAAAUAGAGAAUGAAUUUUUUUUUUCAGGCAAAAACAGCAAUAUCACACGACGCCUCGAUGCAACGGAGAAAUCGUAGAACAAAAAUGUUUAUCCAGGUUCCGCUUUUUUUUGAUUAUUUAUUUGAUACCUCUAUAAUAUCAAGAGAAACUUUUCUUAUUGUUGACCAAAAACCACUCAUUGAGCCUUUUUAACGCGGAAGAAUCAGAAAAUCAAGAGAGCGAAAUAAUAUCAAAAAAUGAAAAAAACACAAACACAAACCUGGAAGUUCUGUGGUAAUUCGAUUGCUUCUUUGCAUCGCUCUCCUAAUGUAUCAUAGAUUGAAUAUACGAAGUGCACUUAAGUGUGCUUUAAAUCAGAAAAAAUAACAGAAAUGACUAAAAAAUUUCAGAUAAUACUCAAAAACAAUUAAAUAAUUUUAAAAAAAUCUUAAAUAUUCACGCGAAAUGAGUCAAUCCUCACACAAAAUAUGCCAAUCUUCGUUUCUCGGCGCAAACGGGGUGAAUACUUUUUUUGAUGGUACGACAAAAUCUCAUGCCGUGUUCAAAGUAAUUUCCGCGAAAUGCGAAAUGGUCUCUGACCCUCUAAAAUUCAGUUAUCUUUCUCUUUCUCUGACGGCUAUUUUGAAUUUCGCGGAAUCACUUUGAACACGGCAUCAAGUCCACAAAUCUCGAGGACCGUAAUCUUGGAAACCAAAAUCUUGGAGACCACAAUCUUUCAAAGUAAAAAUCAACGCUUUUGCGAAUAGAUUUUAUCAGAAAUUGUAUUCGGUGAUCGAAACAAAAGAAUAUAAGUAGAUAAAGUGCAAUAAAGAAGACUAAAAAAGAAGAUUUUUGGUCUCCAAGAUUUUGGUUUCCAAGAUUACGGUCCUCGAGAUUUGCGGACUUGAGAUUUUGUCGUACCAUCCUUUUUUGUUUCCAAAACUGCAAUCAGUUUUUAACGUUUUGAAUCAGAGGUUUUCCGAAGGUGUUCAUGCGCUUCAACAAAAUUUUAGAUACGAAAAAUGGUGAAAUCUAUUCAAAAUAGUAGAAAGAUAACGAUUUUCUCCCUUUAUAAUUUUUCUAAUUUUAUCUCUCAGAGUGUCGCUCAAGACUGCCUUCAUGUCAUUGACAUGAUCAAUUGCUCGAAAAUUUCACAUCUUCGCGAUGAAGUUUGGUACGUCUUCAUAUUCAGCUCCCUCUCAUUUCUCGGCAUUCACGUUAUGGAUGGGUAAAUCAAAAUCUCGUUUCAAAUCAAUGGUCUACUUUUUAGAACCGUGAUGCUGCUUUUCAACAAGAACUUACGGGCUCAGGUCUUGAGACUUUUGAAACGAAAUCCGAAGCUGACCCCACUGACCACCGUCUUUCAAUCGAGCAAUAAGAAUCGCAGUUUCAGUUGAAAUACGCGAUUUUGAAGUUUAAUAUUUCCUGAAGCAUCGAAAUAAAGAUAAAUUAUCUCGAGGGCUCCAAUCGAUAGAAAUGGGAUUGAACUUCGGUUACAAAAAUUGGUUUAAAAUAAACCUUUUUAGUGAUUACUUCGAAAAGUCAAUGCAUUUUCAAACUCUUUGAAACUUGAAACUCGUUCGAAUCUCCUCUUUUCAAACUAUUAGGCACUACUGUGUUAUAAAAUUCCAAGCCUUUUCUGUCUAUUUUUCACUCAAAUUCUGUAUUAUAAUCAGAAAAGCCUGUUUUCGAAUCUAAUCCUAGAGACUACGUGUGUUUUUCCAUAGGGACUGGCUAGUUAGCCCCGUAUUGAGCAAAAGAAAAGAAAAAAAGGAUCUUCUCGAAAAUAUUCAGUUACAAUGUUCGUUUUUUCCAUAUUUCAUACUGUAUUAGCUUUGUCGGGCUGCGCGCUCAACGGACUUUUGAUCUAUUUGGCAGUUUUCCAAUCGCCCAAGGCCAUCAGAACCUACGCCACCCUCAUCAUCAACUUUGCCUUGACUGAUUUUUUGUGCUGUUUCUCCGACUUUUUCGUCCAACAGAGGUUUCUCCAUACAUUUUUAGUACUUGAAAUCCUGUGAGCUUUGCUUCAGAAUAAUUCCUGCCGGGCUGUCCCUCGGCUUCGUUUCAACAGGUCCAUGUACUUAUUUUGGGCAUGCUUUUUGCACCCUAGGGUAAUAUUUAAGAUUUCCAAAGGUUUUAGAAGAAAAAUCAACACCGGAAAGGAAAAAAAUGAGUAGAAAGGGGGGGGGGGUUGUUUUGGAGUUUGGUAAGCGCGAUCUGGACGCUAAUCAAACGUGUCGGGUCAUUUCUCGUGAUCACUUUAGAGGCGUCAGCAUGCUAAUUGGUACCUAGACUUACUCAGGAACGUCCUGAGCGCGUCCGUUUUUCGUUAUUGAGAUUUGACAAGUCAGCGAACUAAUUCGAUAGAACGCAUGUCGUAUAUCGAAUGGCUCAGAGCUUUGCGGUUUCAAUCGCCGACUCGACAUAAUGAAUCUUUCUUUGAUAAAAAAAAGCAAAAGCCUAGCCAUUCCUCUUUUCAUGAAACCUUCAAAGAACUUGAAGAAACCUUGAUGAGAAGUUUUACUUAAGCCACAGCUUCAUGUGCCAUUGCCUGGCCCAUACCAUGUGGUCUUUGCUCCUCUCUUUCGCCUACCGUUACUACAUUCUCCACCAUAAGGCUCCAGAGAGGAAAACUCUAAUUAUUCUCGUAUUGUUAAUUUAUAUCCCAUCUUUCCUACAGUUUGUGAGUUGCUAUGCUCCUUGGUCGCACUUGGAAUGGCCGAAAGCCACUGCGAUGAGCUAUUCCAAGGGCGACCAGGGCUCACGAAAAGUUCACUCAAAUAAUGGAGUAACAGAUAAUCUUCCUGCUCUCCUUCGACUCUCCAGAAGCCGUUGAAAAAUCGCUGAAGCUCAAGUUUCCCAACUACAAUUUCCAAGGCGAAACCGUGACCGGCGUCGUGGAUAUUAUCAACUUUUUUCCAUUAUCCGUCAUCCUUCACAUGACAGUUCCGGUCGUACCAUCAUACCUAGCCAUUUUAUUUUUUCGAAAGAAGAUUGUCAAGGCCUUGGAGCUUUCCCAAGCUCAAAUGGCUCAUCGGACCAAAGCGCUUCAUUCCCAACUGUUGAAGGUUGGGCUCAGAAAUUCUCCAAAUAAAUAUCUAUGUCUCACAUUUAAAAAAAUCUCCGGAAAAAGCUCAAAAAAAAUUAAUUAAACUUUGUACAAAACCUGAAGCAAGUUAAAGACAAUUAUAAGAUUUUAAAUACCUUUGACUCUGGCUAGGAAAACAUUGGCCGCACGUGGAAUUAUAGUCGAUGUGCCACGACUUGAAAUUUCAUGGAACGACACUCCGUUGGGUGGCCGUGGCCGUGAAAGCGCCUUGCCUUUGCGAAUUUCGGUCGCGCUUUCCAUUUUUUUGUUUUAUUCGAAAUUUUCAUUAUUUUAAUUAUGUUUUUAAUAGUUUUCUUCGCGCCAAAAAUCAUAAUUAUCUUUUCUAGAGGAUAGACUGUUUCAUUGAUAAAAAAAUAAAGUAGAGUAAUUUUUCGAAUUUUAAGCGAAAAAAAUGCGUUUAUAAUAUUUGAAAGUUUUUUUCAUGAGAUGGUCUUUGGUUUUCUUCAAUAUAUUCCGUUAUUUUACCUUCAUUGAGCCUUUAUCGACAUUUCUUUUUUUCAUUUCGAAUCAUGUAAAAAAAUAUCCCAAUCAGAAAUAAAAUACACAGUGAAUGAUUUAAAAAAAAUUGAAUGUUUCUACAUUGACGAAUUUUUAUUUAAAAAAAAAACAGAUGCAUAAGUUCAAAGGAAAAAUUAUUAGUUUACUGGACAUUUCGUUCAGCACAUCGUUUCCACUAUUCCAUGUGCCCACUGUUCACGCCCCAUUCCUGACGCAUAGUUCAGCAAUACGAUUUAUCUAAAGCUCCAUUUUAAAAAAAGGAACGAAAACCUUUCUUCAAAUUAUGGUGCAUGUGCUCAUGGAAGUACACAUCUUCAUUUUAUAAGGCGCUCACUUUCUGAAAAAAACAAUUAACGACUGCAAACAGAAAAACGAUGAAAAACAUUAAAACAUGGCUUUAAAAAAACACAGAAACUAUUGUAGAAUAUUGUGGCGUUUACGGCCUAUUUCACCCGCAAAUCCUUUUGGUAAGUCUUUGAAAACUUUUUUUGAGGAACGAGAAAAACAAUAUCAAAAGCGAUUGAAGAAUACAUGAAGUUUUUUUCAAACUUUUUUUAAUCGCUUUUUUUCGAGAAACAUCAUGAAAUUUACUGUGUUCUUUCUUUUACAUUUGUACAACGCAAUCCUUUUCAACGAUAAUAUUACAUUUCAAAGAAAUAAAACAAUAAAAAAAACGAUCGAAAUUAGAAUGAAAACCAAAAAAAAAAUUAGCGUGGCCGAAGUUGGCAAAUUCGCCAGAUGCGCGCUACCGCACAAAAUCGAAACAGCGGAGUGUCGUUCCAUGAAAUUUCAACUUGUGGCACAUCGACUAUACUCUUAAUGAUUGCAACCGAGCAAAACCGACAUGCGCGUGAUUCACGGCGUUACCAAGAAUAAUAAUUUUGAUUGCAUCGUGAAGAAUCCGAGCAACUAUCUUCUACAAUGGAAGAUCUCUAUUGGUAGGGACCGCAAAGCCACGCCCCUUUUCGCGAUAGAAAAAGUGGCUUUUUUUUGGUUUUCAACUUUCAUUUUGUUUUAGUUGCAAAAUAUAUGGAACUGGCGAAUAAAAUUUGACACACAUGUACAGAAAAGCUUCCUCUUUCGUUUAAAAAAUAUUUCACGCUUUUUUUGAUGCGUUCUCGCGGAAUGUCGUACAAAAAAACGUGAAUGGAACUAAAAAAAUUUUUUUCAUUUUUUUGCUUUUUUUCAUGUGUUUUUCAGGUCGAACGCACUCUUUCUUUUUUUAUAUAAUGAUUUUUGAUUCAAGUAACGGUAAUUUUAAAACAAUAAAAAUAAAAAAAUUCGUCUUUGCCAAAAAAAUUUUUAGGGAGUGCCGAAAGUCAUAAUUCAAAAAUAUCGUUAACAAGCGAAUAUAAUCGAGUUUUUUUGUUUUUUUCAAAAAUUUAGACCAUGGGCUUACUUAAAUUUUUUUCUCCACAGCAUAUGUGCUUGAAAAAAGUUGUUUGAUACGCAAAAAAAUGCUCUUGAAAACUAGAGAAUAAAAAUUAGCGGCGUUUAUCAGACAGAAAGCGGUCGAACGCAGGUUUUUUUCAAACGAUUAUAUACAUUUAUUAGUAAAAAAAUCUUUCAAUUAAAAAGAAUAAAAAUAAAAAAAUUCGUCUUUGCCGAAAAAUAUACGGGGCCGUUUUAAUGCAGCGAUCGUUAAAAAGAGGCAAAAAAAGCACUGAAAAAAACAGUUUUUUUCGAAGUGAAUUUCCACGAAACGUUUGAGUAAAGAUUUGCGAACAUAUUCUGAUAAAAAAAUAGCUUAAUUACUUCAAGUUUUUCUUUUUGAAAUAGACAAUCUGUGCUAUUUAAACGGCUCAAGGGCAAGGCGGAUGGAAGCUCCCCGCGCUAGACCUGACAGCUUGGCGCAGUGCGUGCGCUGCGAUUUUUCAUUUUGAGGUCGCGAGUUCGAUACCCGCAAGCGUCAGUUUUUUGUUUUCUGCAAAAUACCGACUUUUUCGGCGAAAUAGCUGAUUAGCAUCAUUUUAGCACUCUAUUAUGAUUUGUUACAUCAUAAUAGACCAGUAUCAAAACUUGUUUUAGAAGAAAAAUCGAGAAAAAUGUCAAAAAUGGAUAAUACCAAAAUUUCAGUACUAAAAAAAUGGUGCGCGGCGCGCAACAUUUUUCGUCAUAACUUUUUUCAUCCUUAAUCUUUUUCGAAAAACUAAACGGUUCUGAGUUUUGAAUCGAAACAGCUAUCAAACCAUAUAAAGCUCGAUGCUGAAAAAAAAUUUUUGAAAAUUCGUCUGCGGUCCCUAUCUAUUGGGUUGUUUUUCCAGAAUAAAUCUCAUAAGAUAUUUCAGACUCUGACCUACCAAGCCUGUAUGCCGGGAUUCUUCUGCAUCGCUUGCGUCUCUUAUUCUUUGGGACAACUCGGAAUUUCCAACAACCCUUUCCUCGAACACUUCACCUUCACAUCGGUUCUCUGCAUUUCCGUCUUUUCGCCCAUCAGUUAUCUAUUCUUUGUCGGAAGUUACAAGACGUAUUGCUUCAAUAAAUUCCAACGAAUUAUUUCGCGUGGCCGUAUCGAUGUUGGCAAAUCGGAACAAGGUCCAUCGUCCACGAUGCAUUCCGCAUCUCAAAUUUGAUUCCAUUAUAUUUUUGCAAAAAUGGUAAUAAAUUUUAUUUCAAAGACGUAACUUCAACACAACCUUCGUGACAGAAAAACGUCAUUCCACUGAGAAAAAGAAUGAGAGCGCAGACAAGUUUGAUUGCUUCUAGUCGUAAUGAAUGAAUUAAUAGAAGUUGUAGAAUGGCUCUCAACUGACCAUUCGUGGCUUGCGCGCUUUGCUAUUCUUUACAUUUGUUUCAAAGUAGUUUUGUUUUAAGUUUGCGUGAUAUUCGGCUUAAUAGUUCAAGCCUGAAGCGAAAACUGCACCUGGCUCCUUCUCCUUGAAAAUACCAAUUACGUGGCGCAAACAUAUAUUCUCGACCCUCCUGACACCUGAAUUUCCACACAAAGGUAUCCACUCUUCAGACUUCAGACCAAUUAACUCAUUAAGUUGUUUUGCCGACUCAUGUCAAUUAGUCUCACCUGACAUUUAUAACAGCUUGCUGGCGGUGAGCUUCAUCUCUCCGUUCCAAAAAUGCUUGCCUUUUCGAUAGCUCAUAUAGUACUGCCCUUGACUGGCUGUACUUUGAAUGCCUUUUUGAUCUACUUGGCGAUUUUCCAAUCUCCAAACGCUAUUCGGACUUACGCGACCUUAAUCAUCAAUUUUGCUCUAACCGACUUUUUGGGAUGUUUGAGCGACUUAUUCGUUCAGCCGAGGUAUUUCUGUUGGCACUUGGAAUGGCUCAAAGCGUUGCGCUGCGGUUUUAUUUAAAACUUCUAUUCUUUGACUUGCCCUAAGGUCGUUGAUGCUGGUUGUUACGAAAUGAUAAUGUGCAUCAGAGUGAUCGCUGAGCCAUUCUCAAUGCCACUAAUAAGCCGAAACUCAUGGAUCAACGUACUAUAUUUGACUUUUCAGGUUGGUCCCGGGAGGUGCUACUUUGGCUUUGGUAGCCGAAGGCCCUUGCACUUAUUUGGGACCAAAUUUCUGCUACACUAGGUAAAUUGCCUAAUUGUCGCAUGGAAUGGCUCUGGGCCCUUCUACGUGCGACAAUCGAUUAUAUCAAUCAUUUUUUCAGCCAUAGUUUUAUGCUACACUGCCUUUCCCAUACACUUUGGUCCAUUCUGUUAUCUUUUGCCUAUCGUUACUAUAUUCUAAAAAAUGAAGCUCCAACUAGAAAGAAGCUCAUUUUCAUCCUUAUAUCGGUGUAUCUACCUUCCUUUUUUCAAUUUGUAGGAAUUUUUCUCGCGAAAAAACACAAUAAUGUUCUAGGUGGUAUAUCUGUUCGCCAACGAUCCGCCGGAAGAAAUAUUGCGGAAGUUGAAGGAAAAAUUUCCGAACUACAACUACGCGGGAGAAAUGCUCCUGGGUCACGCCAAUAUUUUCCAUUUUUACGCGUUAUACGUUAUUCUUUCGAUGACAGUUCCUGUCACACCGAUUUAUAUAUUCAUUCUCUUCUUCCGAAGAAGAAUUGUGAAGGCUCUGGAAAGGUCAGAGUCUCAAAUGACUAACAGAACCAAGGCGCUCCAUUCUCAACUGUUGAAGGUUGGUUUUUUGUUUGAAUUAUAUCACAUUGCUUGUUCAGCUCAAAGUAAAAAGGGUUUUUUUUUCCAAAAAAUGAAAAAAAAAAAACGGAACUUUUAUUUUUAGUAUGGCAAUUGAAUUCGUAGAAUAUAACAUCAUUUAAUAACGAUUUUGUUAUCUAGAAGCCAACUCUCAAAUUUAUCAUUCUUAACAUUUUGCAGGCCCUCACCUACCAAGCCUGUCUACCUGGCUUCUACUGGCUAG